AGAAUGCGAGCCGGGCCAGCGCUCCUCGUGCUGCUGGGCGUAAUUGCGGUGUGCCUCAGCAGCGGUGCAACGGUCGGUGCGCUGCAGCGCAAUCACCUCGUUUUAAUUUUGCCGCCAGAGCUCCCGCCCAAAGUCCGUGACCCGCGUUCGUUCGCCUCCUGCACUCUGCGCCUGUUGGAACAACCCUUGCAUGCCCGUCCUGUUGCUUGGUUGCUGAUGCCUACAGUUUUGGCGGGGUGGCCUGGCUCGCAACGCCUCGCGCGCUGGUUCUGUUCCGCCGCAGCCGCGCGCGGCGCACACCGACGCGCGGCUGCACGUCUUCUUUAACGCUUCUAUCUGGACAGCGGACGAGCAGGCGCCCACGGCCAGCAUCAUGGCGGUGCGGCUGGGCGUCAUCCAGGCGGUGGGCAACUCCCUGCACCAGGUGCUCCGUGCGGCACAGACACGGCGGCAGGGGCAGGAGCUACAACCGCGAGCUGCCACCGUCGCCACCACAGCAACAGCGACAGGUGACGACGGGGAGGUGGUGCUGCACGACCUGCAGGGCCGCUUCGUGAUGCCAGGCUUCGUGGACGCGCACACGCACGUCAUUCCGGGCGGCCUGGCGCUGAUGCGGGUGCAGCUGCGGGCGGUGCGCUCGCGGGCCGAGUGGGAGGCGCGCGUGUCGGCGGCCGCUGCGGCGCUGGGCCCCGGCGAGUGGGUGCUGGGCGGCCUGUGGGACGAGAGCGAUUGGGGCGGCCAGCUGCCCAGCCGGGAGUGGCUUGACAAUGUAUGCGGGGGCCGGCCGGCCUAUGUGACCCGCCAUGACAGCCAUCUGGGUGUGGCCAACAGCGCCGCCCUGGCACGUGCAGACAUCACCGCAGCCACGCCCGACCCAGAUGGCGGCACCGUCGACCGCGACCCAGCCACCGGCCAGCCGACCGGCAUCCUCAGAGAGCGGGCGAUGCAGCUGGUUGCUGCUGUCAUCCCCGAGCCAUCCGUGGUCACCCGCCGUGCCGCGCUGGCCGCCGCCGCCGCCCUGGCGCUCUCGCGCGGUGUGACCUCCGUCGUGGACAUGGGCCGAUACCCCUUCAGUGACGAGGGCAGCACCUGGCGGGACCUGCAGGAGGUGUACCUGCCGGCGGUCGAGUCUGGCGAGCUGCCUCUGCGUCUGGUGGCUAACGUGCCACUCAGUUCAUGGGACCGGCUGCAGGCGUGGGUGGCGCUGCGUGCGGCGCAGCACCCGCGCCAGCUCAGCCCGCUGCAGGACCCCAGCGGGCGUCUUUUUUGGGGCGGUCUGAAGGAUUUCCUUGACGGCAGCCUGGGCUCGCACACGGCCCUGCUGUGGCAGCCCUACUCCGACGACCCGGCAGCACACGGCACACGCAUGCUGCCCGACACGCGGCUGCGGCAGCUGCUGAGGCAGGCGUUGGCGGCUGGGUUUCGGGUGUCGCUGCAUGCCAUCGGCGACCGCGCAGUGGACGAGGUGGCGGCGGCGUGUGAGGACGCCCUGGCUGCAGCCGCCGACCAGGAGGAGGCUGAGGGAGCUGGGGCGGCUGCGGUGGUUUCUGGCGCCCGUUUCGCCAUCGAGCACGUGCAGCACAUAUCGGGACCCAACACGACCGCCGCCCUCGCUCGGGUAGCCCGCAGCGUUGGCAGGGCCCACCACCAACACACUCAGCAGCCCGGCGGCGGCCACCUGCUACAGCCGGUCCUCAACCCGCUGCACCUGCUCACGGACCGUGACAUGCUACUGCCACGCCUGGGCCCGGAGCGGGCGGCGCCGGGCCGCUCCUUCCCCUUCGGCGCGCUGCUGGCGGCGGGGUUGCGGCCAGCCAUGGCGUCCGACUGGCCAGUGGUGGACCUGCAGCCGCUGACGUCCCUGUACGCGGCGCUCCACCGCGAGGCGCCUCCGCCCACGGCCGCCGCCGACCUGAACGACCGCCUGCCACCCGCCCAGCGCAUGGAGGUGGUGGGCGUGGAGGAUGGUGCCCCCGACCUCGAUGACCAUCACACCCGCCAUCACCAGCAGCAGCCGCAGCAGCAGACAAGUAAUGACAGUGCCACCACGCCCCGCAUCAGCGGCGGAGGUGCUGACGUGGCGUCAUCUGUGGACGACUCUACUACCGCCGGCAUCGUGCAUGCCCAGGAUCAGGAGCGGCACGUGAGCCUGGACGAGGCGCUGCGGGGCCACACCAGCUGGGCGGCGGAGGCGGCGGGGCUGCAGGGCCUGGUGGGGCGCCUGGCCGUGGGCCUGAGGGCUGACUUCAUAGAGCUGGACCUGAGCCCUGCAGCCAUGAUACCUGUGGGCGGAGGCGCACAGCUGGAGGGAGCAUGGGAGGUUCCGGCGGCCUUCAUGGCUGCCCGGGGCACCAAGCACCAUGUUGGUGGGGACAGCGGCGGCAAUGCCGGCACGUGGCAGGGCGGCAGGCUGCCGGCGGUGCUGCGCACGUGGCUGGAUGGGAAGCUGGUGUACGACCAGCAGCAGCAAGAGCAUCGGCCUGCGUCACGUGGGGCAGGGAGAGUCCUGCAGCAGGAGGAGCAUGGUGAUGGUGCAGCUGCUGGCGUGUGGCAGGUUGUGUAAGCGGGCACGAGUUUGAGCGGUGUGACAAUGUGUUGGCUUCAUCCUUAUUAUGUGGCGCCCUGUUCACGCACGGAAAUAGAGGUAGCGGCGUGUGUGGCUAGCCAGCUAAGUGGUCGGAGACCAAGUGAUAACCUUUGCAUAUUUUGCAAUAGCGCAACCCACUGUCACGCUGUUCCUCUUGUCCAUGAUUGCGUGCUUCAGAUGCAGUAGAUGCUGGCAUGCCGUUAGCUGUACGAUUGGGGCAUCCGCAUGUCCACGUGUGACAUUUUGAAGUGAGUUCGUGAGUGGCACAUAGAUUGCCUUGAGAGAUAUGGUAGGUAUGAGUUGUGCGAGGGCGUGUGCCAGACUGCCAGGGGUGUGUCACGGUGCCGGCCCUACG